AUGCCAAGGGGCCGGGCGGCCCGCCUCCCACCCACGUGGCUGGCAACGGCUCCCACCCACCCCCGCUCCGCUGCAGUGUGUCACGUGCGGCCGGUGCCUGUCCUUCGCAGCCCGGCUAAGAGACGCGUGCCUGGGAUGCGGAGGAUGGCCGCGGGCUUGGGCCCCGGGCUGGAGCGCGGCGGCGGCGGCGGCGGCGGCUCGGCGGCGGAGCGGGAGCAGGCGCGCAAGGUGGAGGCGGCGCGCGGCCGCGGCGGGAGCGGCACCUACCUCUUGUGCACGUUGCUGCUGGGCCAGGCCGGCGCCAACGCCGCGCUGGCCGGCUGGCUGUGCGCCGCGCUGCACGCCGACCCCAGCCCCCUGGUGGAGGCCGGCCGAGGCGUGCCCUGGGUGCCCGUGCUGCUCUGCACCGGCCUGGUCUUCCUGGGCGGGGAGGUGUUGCCCUACUCGGUGUGCUCCCGCCACGGGCUGGCCAUCGCUGCGCGCACGCUUUGCCUCACCCGCUUGCUCAUGGCUGCCACCUUCCCGCUCUGCUAUCCGCUCAGCCGCCUGCUGGACUGGGCCUUGCGGCAGGAGCUGAGCACCUUCUCCACGCGGGAGCGGCUGAUGGAGACGCUGCGUACGGCUGACCCACAUGGGGACCUGGUGAGUGGGGAGCUGGCCAUGGUGCAAGGCGCGCUGGAGCUGCGUACCAAAGCGGUUGAGGACAUCCUGACGCCCCUGACUGACUGCUUCAUGUUGCGCUCGGAUGCCGUGCUGGACUUUGCCACCAUCUCUGAGAUCCUUCGCUCCGGCUACACACGCAUUCCAGUCUACGAAGGCGAGCGGCGCGACAACAUUGUCGACUUGCUAUUCGUCAAGGACUUGGCCUUCGUAGAUCCUGAUGACUGCACCCCUCUGCAGACCGUCACCCGUUUCUACCGCCGGCCGCUACACUGCGUUUUCCAUGACACACGACUGGAUGCUCUACUUGAGGAGUUCAAGAAGGGAAAAUCGCAUCUGGCAAUUGUGCAGCGGGUGAAUAAUGAAGGGGAAGGAGAUCCCUUCUACGAAGUGAUGGGGAUUGUCACCCUUGAAGAUGUGAUUGAGGAAAUCAUCAAAUCAGAGAUUCUGGAUGAAACAGACCUCUACACUGACAGUGAGAAGAAGGAGCGGGCACCCCAUCGGGGUCGGAAACCCCACGACUUCUCCAUUUUCCGGCUUUCAGAUACUGAGAUAAGAGUGAAGAUUUCUCCUCAGCUUCUGCUGGCCACACAUCGCUUCAUGGCUACAGAGGUGGAGCCCUUCAAGCCACCAUAUCUCUCAGAGAAGAUCCUGCUGCGGCUCCUCAAACAGCCCAAUGUCAUCCAGGAAAUGAAAUUUGACCACAAGAACAAACGAGCACCCGAACACUACCUCUAUCAGCGCAACAGGCCUGUUGACUACUUUGUGCUCAUCUUGCAGGGAAGAGUGGAGGUGGAAGUAGGAAAAGAAGGCCUACGUUUCGAGAAUGGAGCCUUUACUUACUAUGGCAUCCCAGCCAUCAUGGCUGUUGUUUGCUCAGAUAAUGAUGUGCGCAAAAUGAGCAGCCUGGCGGGAUCUUCUUUCCUGUUGAACCAGUCACCUUCCCGAUGCAGUGGCCUGAAUCGCUCUGAAUCCCCUAUCCGAGAGCGUAAUGACUACGGAGGCAGCAGCACGCAGCUCCACAGUGGCAGCAACAACAACAUCUACACGCCAGACUACUCCGUACACAUCCUCUGUGAUGUACAGUUUAUCAAGAUCACUCGGCAGCAGUACCAGACUGCACUGGGUGCUAGCCACAUGGACAGCUCACCCCAGACCCCUGACUUGGAGGUUUUUAAUGAUGGAGACUCCACAAAGGCUCCCACAGUCAGGGGCACUCCACAGACACCCAAGGAUGAUCCUGCCAUUCUCCUGAAUAUGAGAAACAGCAUUGUAGUUAGCCAUUCAGAUGGCCUGAAGAGCCCCACAGACUCUGUGUUUUUGCACAUGGAGGGAAUUCCUCACAUCCAAGAGGAGCUGGCAGAGGGCACAGAAAGCAACACACAGCAGAAAAACGAGGGCUGUGCUGUCACACUGGAACCUGAGGCUUCAAACAGAGAAAUGGAGACCAGCACUUCCCCAAGUGGUCCCGAGGAGCCCCUAGGCAAGAAAUUGCUCCGUACCCUCAGCGGGAGGAGAAGAAAGCCAUCAGCAGAGAGUGAAAAGAGUUCUGAUGAUACUUCCAACUUCACACCACUCAUCACAUGAGUGGCCUUGAGCCUCCCACAGGUCUGCAGCAUGACAACUAACUGACAAGGUUCAUGUGUGCGUGUGAUGGCACUUGCUCCUCUCCC